AUGAGGAUUUCGGAAAAAUUGCAACAAGCUCACGCUGUAAGUAACCCACCACCUGCGACAUUCUCGUUCGAGUUCUUUGUGCCCAAGACUUCUCAAGGUGUACAAAAUCUAUACGACAGAAUGGAUAGAAUGUACGAUUUGAAUCCAAUUUUUAUUGAUAUCACCUGGAAUGCCGGUGGUCGUUCCUCCAGCUUGACUAACGAGAUGGUCUACACUGCUCAAUCAGCACUUGGAUUAGAGACCUGUAUGCACUUGACGUGCACGAAUAUGGCCGUGGAGUUGAUUGAUGAAGCCCUCGCGAAGGCGUACGAAUCGGGAUGCCAAAACAUUUUGGCUCUUCGUGGUGAUCCACCAUUAGACGGUAGUGAUUCCACUGGAGACUUCAAGUAUGCCAAGGACUUGAUCUCCUACAUCAGACAGAAGUACGGUAACCAUUUUAAUAUCGGAGUUGCUGCGUACCCUGAGGGUCACCCAGAGGAGAAUGACGACGAUCAAGUGUUGAAGUACUUGAAAGAAAAAUGUGACGUUGGUGCAGACUUCAUUAUCACCCAAAUGUUCUAUGAUGUUGAUAACUUCAUUUCUUGGUGUGGAAAGUUGCGUAAGAUCGGUAUUAAUAUCCCUAUCAUCCCUGGUAUUAUGCCAAUAUCCACGUAUGCUGCGUUCAUAAGAAGAUGCAAGUGGUCGGAAAUCAAGAUCCCUCAACAUUUCCUUGACGCCUUGGAACCAAUAAAAGAUGAUGACUACCUUGUCAGAGACAAAGGUACUGAGUUGGUUAGCGAAAUGUGUCAAAAGUUAAUUGAUUCUGGAUUUGUAAACCACUUACACUUCUACACCAUGAACUUGGAAAGAGCUACUAUUAUGAUUUUGGAGAACUUGAACCUCAUUGAACCUGCCAAGCUGCACGAGGUCAUCGGAGGUUCUUUAUUACCUUGGAGAAAGUCAUUGCACCCACAAAGAACUAAGGAAACGGUUAGACCAAUUUUCUGGCAAAACAGAAAGCACUCGUACGUCUCUAGAACUGCCACUUGGGAUGAAUUCCCCAACGGUAGAUGGGGUGAUUCUAGAUCUCCAGCCUUUGGUGAUAUUGACUUGUCUGCUACUGACUUGUUGAGACAGUCCCCAAAGAAGGCGUUUGACUUAUGGGGGACACCUCAGACUGUGCAAGAAUUAUCACAAAUAGUUGUAUCCUACCUUAAGGGUGAUUUAAGCUCCCUUCCUUGGUCUGAUGGUCCAAUCGGUGAUGAAUCCCAAGUUAUGGUUGAUAACUUAAUAAAAUUAAACCAAAAGGGUUUCAUUACUAUGAACUCACAACCAGCUAUAAAUGCCGUCAAGUCUAAGGAUAAGACUUACGGUUGGGGCCCAAAGGUUGGUUACGUAUACCAAAAGCAAUAUUUAGAGUUUUUCUGCCAUCAAUCUUUGAUUCCAACUUUAUUACAGAAAAUUGAUGAGUACAACAAUAAAAAUGAUGCUAACUCUUCCAUCUUAACCUACUAUGCCGUUAACAAAGAAGGAGAGUUGUCAACUAACACUAAGGAGGAUGACAUCAACGCCGUCACAUGGGGUGUGUUCCCUGGUGAAGAAAUCUUACAGCCGACUAUUGUAGAGAAGACUUCAUUCUUAGCUUGGAAAGACGAGGUUUACCGUUUGAUUUCUGAGUGGUCUAAGAUCGUUCAAAGUGAUGUAGUUAAGAAGACCGGUGCCAAGGAAGAAGAACUCUCACAAUUUGCCAGUCUUAUGAGAUCCUUCGGAGACGAGUAUGUUCUUUGCAAUUUAGUUAACAAUAACUUUAUUGAUGGAAAUGGGUUCAUUUUCGAGCUUUUAAGCAAUUUGACAUCUUAA